UAGCUUGCUUUUCGAACAAUAAUAAUUGGAAGGCUUUAGUUUAGUGAAUACGUUCGAGUUAGAAAAAAGCUACAAGAAAAAUGUGUUCUUCAUUUCUCUUCAUUGGGAUCUUAGUCUGUGUAUUUAGUAUCAGCCAGACAUUAAACACAUGUGAUUUACCAGCCAGGGGAAGUCCCUACUUUCCAAAGAAUUUCAGUUUUGGUGUAGCUACUUCGGCAUAUCAAGUUGAAGGCGGAUGGAAUUCAGAUGGCAAAGGUCCAUCAAUUUGGGAUGAUUUUACGCACAAUUAUCCACAUAUGAUAAAAAAUGGAGCUACAGGAGAUGUAUCGGCUGACUCAUAUCAUCGUUUUGACAUGGAUCUGGCGGCAUUGAAAGAGCUCAAUGUCAGUCAUUACCGUUUUUCAAUAUCAUGGCCGAGAAUUUUCCCAAAUGGUGAUAUAUCAUCACGAAAUCAAAUGGGAAUUGAUUAUUACAAUGAUGUGAUUGAUAAAUUAUUGGCAAAUGGUAUUGAACCAAUGGUCACAAUGUUUCACUAUGAUCUUCCAUCAGAAAUCCAAAAGAUUGGUGGAUUUGCAAAUCCUUUGCUCAUACCCAAGUUUGUCAUGUAUGCAACGGAAUUAUUUGAAGAUUUUGGCGACAGAGUAAAAAUAUGGAUGACAUUCAACGAACCAUUGGUCUUCUGCAAAGCUAGUUAUGCCGAAGCAAGAUAUCCACCAUUAGUUGAUGUUCCUGGCGUCGCUGAUUACCUUUGUGUGGAUCAUACAAUAAAGGCACAUGCCGCUGCUUACAAAGUUUAUAAAUCUCGAUUUUAUGAAAAGCAAAGAGGCAAGAUUGGCAUGGCCUUGGACAGUUACUUCUUUCUUCCAAAACUUAAUGAGACUGAAGCUAGUCAUAGGGCAUUGCAAUUUAAUAUAGGUUUCCUAGCUCAUCCUAUAUUUCACGGUGGAUAUCCCGAAAUUAUGGUUAAAGAUAUUGAAACAAAUAGUUUGAACGAAGGUAGAAUAGCCUCACGUCUGCCUCGUCUUGAAGGUUAUUGGAAGGAAAUUGUUAAAGGUUCAGCUGAUUUCUUUGCUUUGAACCACUAUACUUCGAGAUUGAUUAAACGAUCAGUUGAUCCAACCUUUAUGAAUCCAUCGUUUGAACGUGACACAGACGUUGAUGAAACGGUGGACCCGACAUGGUUAAAUGGGGGAGCACCUUGGUUGUAUUGUGUUCCAGAAGGAUUGGAGGGUAUGUUGAAGUUUAUCCGUGAGGAAUAUAACAACAUAGAAGUUAUUAUAACAGAAAAUGGCUGGGGUGAUAGUGGAGAGCUUGAAGAUGACAAUCGAAUUCAAUACUUAAAAAGUUACUUGCAAGCAGUUCUAAAUGCAAUACAUGAUGGCUCCCACAUCACUGGCUAUACUUAUUGGUCACUUGUCGAUAACUUCGAAUGGGCAAAUGGAUAUACUGCCAGAUUUGGUCUUUAUGCUGUGGAUAUGAAUAGUCCUAAAAGGGAAAGAACUCCAAAGAAAUCUGCCGGCUACUACAAUCAAGUAAUAAAGUCCAACAAAAUUGUAAAUGAAGUAGAUAUGUAUAGAUUAAUGAAAAAUCAAUUUGUAACAAAGAGAUAACGCUUAGAAUAAAAAAACAGUAUUACAUAUUUAAAA